UUACUUUACUCUGAUAUCUGAUUCUGUAGUUGUUCACUUGUAUUUAUUGUUGUUGUAUUCUAUAAGAACUGAUGUCGCAGUUCGACGACGCGCUCCUCGUCCUCCUCCUCCGCGACAUCUACGGCCCUCUCGUCGCGACCGUCGUCGACACCCUCCUCAAAGAAGGCAGACUCACCCUCCCCCUCCUCGCCCGCUACUCCUCCCUGCCCUCGUCCGCUAUCCAACGCGCCCUCAUCCCUCUCAUCCAGCUCCGCUUCGUCCUCUACUGGGUCCCCGACGACCGGCCUGACUCCUCGCCCUACUACGUCGCCGCCCCCGACCGCAUCUACGCCGCCCUCGUCCGCGCCGGCUCGUUUGUCUCCUACGUCGAAGACCGCUUCCCUGAUCUCCCAGCCGCCCCGACCGUAGUCAAAAACCUCCUGCUCUACGGCCACAUCAGAGCUUCAGACUACCUCGCCGCCGCCGCAGACGCAGAUCAAGCGCGAGACGCUCUCACCGCCCUGCUCAAAUGCAAGCUCCUCACCACCCUCUCGCGUGCAGAGUUCAGUCCUGAUGAGGACAGGUACCGUGCUGUCUUUAAGCAGAAGCUAGCGCUUAUUCCCCGCAAAACCACCGUCUCGGAGACGAAGCGCGAACAGGCUGCCGAGGCAGACGCGCAGCAGGAAUGGAUCAAGGUCAUGUCGGUCCACGACUUUCCCAACGACGGCCUCGUGCUUUCUGAUAAGAAGACUAAGAAAUCGUCGUCGUCAAAAAAACGAUCCCGGGACUACGCUCUAAGCAGCUCCAGCAGUACUGCUGACAACAUGGUUGUGGAUGAAUCCGCGAUAUUAACCCUCAACCACGACAAAUUCGUCGUUCUCAUGCGAUCUCAGGUGCUGGCCGCCCUCGCGCGCAGACGAAUCGGCUCGGUAACCGCAGCUGUCUACGAGCAGGCACUCGAAUGCAUGGAGCCAAAGCUCUUUAGAUGCAGAAACAGCACGACCGCGACCCCUGUCGUCACGGGACUCGAGAUCCUCAAGCAUCUAGACCCGCAUCUUGAUCUGGGAAGUUCCAUCGCCGCGCCCCGGCGGAAACGGUCGUCGAGCAAGUCGAGCAAAUCGAGCAAGCGCACGAGCUCUUCUGUCGACUCAGAAUCAGAGUCAGAGUCGGACUCGGGCUCGGGAUCUUCAGAUAGCGAGCGUAGUCGCAAGCGUCGACGACGAUCUCGGUCGCGAUCCUCAUCACAUCGAAAGAAGCGGCGGAAAACCGCGGCAUCAUCAUCGUCGUCAUCGUCUGGAAGCGAGUCUGACGACGGAUCAGGAGAUGGAGAUGGAUCCGAAGACGAUAAAGUAAAGAGCUCGCGGUUCGAGCACUUGGGAAUGCAUCUCGCGCUUCUUUGUCAUAACCCUGCGCUUCCGUUCUUGAAGAAGUUGAGUAGCAGAGGCGGCGGAGAGUAUACGAUUGAUUUUGAGGUGCUGAUGGGAGCGAUCCAGGCGUUAGAGUACGACCAGCUGAUUGCGCGCAAGCAAGGCGCGGUGGCAUGUCGUUUGCUGCGGAUUAUCCGGUCAAAAGGCCGGAUCGACGAGAAGCAGAUUGCGCAGAUUGCGCUUUUGCCGGUCAAGGAUAUUCGCGCGCACUUGACGGCGCUGCACGAGUGCGGCAGUCUAGAUCUACAAGAGGUACCCAAAGGCACCGACCGCGCGCCUAGCCGGACGUAUUAUCUGUGGUUCCACAAGCCUGCUUCAGCGUACGCGCUGAUGACGCAGCAGAUUGUGAGGACGAUGACGAGGUGCUAUGCGCGGGUGGUGGAGGAGCGGAAGAAGAGGCCGGGGAUAAUGAGCAAGCUUGCGCGCGAGGACGUGAAGCGGGAUGAGGAAGGGAUGUUGACUGCGGCGGAGAAGGAGGAGGUGAAGAGGUUGCGGGCCGCGGAGGAGAAGAUGUUGGCGCAGAUCUCGCGGCUGGAUCGGCUGGUUGUUAUAUUCCGGGACUGCAUAUGA